UUCUUAUACGAAGAUGACAUCUAGAAUACGAAGAAGAGGUGGAAUAAGAACAAACGAAAACAAAUAGUAAGACGAUAUCGGAGACGAGUUCGAAUAUGACAACAAAAAUGCGAAGACAUACAUACAUAUAUCAAGAUGAAUUCGAAUAGGAGGACCCAUAAGAGAUAGAAUACUGCGAUGAAUACGAAGACUACGACGAAGAUAAAUUCUAAGAAGAAUACCGCGAGGAAUACGAAGACGAGUACGCAGACAGCGGUUAAAAAAAUAUGGAGUUGAAUGCAAAGACUAAUAGGAAAAAUCUUCGCGUUGAAUUGAUGGAGACAACACGUGAUGUCAUUCUUGCCAAAUGGUCAAAUGUAAGGGACUCAUUUAUAAGAUCUUCGAGGAAAAACCGUUAUCAAGGACUAAAGCGAAGCUAUAUAUACAGCGAGCAUCUCCAGUUUUUAUUGAAAUCGAGACAAGAUGACAAAGAUGAUGCUGGGAGCAGUUUCAGUCAGGAUGAAACUGAAUAUGAUAGGUGUGAUUUGGAAGGAUUAUGUGAUCCACUGUCGCCACCGCAGUCUGCUUCAAACUUACAUCAAUGGAAAAGACAGUUGGACGAUGAUAUAGAGCAAGAAGUAGGAAGGAAAUUGAAAAGAGGAAAGCGAUGUGUUGAGCAAUACUCAAAUAAGUCUCAACCCGAUCAUGAGUUGAUACUAUUGUCUUUUCAACCAUAUAUACGAGAUAUGAGUGAAGAAGAAUUGAUGGAUUUUCAAAUGGGAGUUUUAACAAACAUCAGGAAAAUUAAGCAACAACGGGGUGGAAAGCAGGAAUCUAUUUAAGAGCACGGAUAUUUAGCGUUCCGUGUGUGACGAAAUAUAUAUAUUUAUUUUUGUUCAGUUUUUUCUAUAUUUUUAUACCAGAGCGCACUUGUGCACAAGGGUAUU